CGAGGGCCGGGCCGGGCGGGGGGGAUAUGGGGCGGCAGUGGCGGCGGCGGUGGCUGGAGGAGGCGGGCGCGGACGGGCCCGCGGCGGCAGGAGCGGCAGUCCCCGGAGUCCUCCUGUGAAGAGCCCCUGUCCGCGCCGCUGUGGGCCCCUCGGAAAGGGCAGCCGGGACGCCAGGCUCUGAGGAGCCUCUCCCCCAGCGCCACAGCCCUUAGGACUCUCGGUCCCAUCCUCUCGCGCCUGCUCCGGCUCCUCCAUCUUGGCCUCGGCAGUGGCGGCUGCCGGGAGGAUGUGCCGCCUUCUGGCAGGGGGAAGAAGGAGGAAAAGAUGAAGAAGUACCGGCGGGCCUUGGCCCUGCUCUCCUGCCUCUCUCUGUGCUCCCUGGUCUGGCUUCCCAGUUGGCGUGUAUGUUGUAAAGAGAGUUCUUCAGCUUCAGUGUCAUCAUAUUACUCUCAAGAUGACAAUUGUGCACUAGAAAAUGAAGAUGUACAAUUCCAGAAAAAGGAUGAAAGAGAGGGACCUAUCAGUGCCGAAUUAUUGGGCAAAUUGGGUUCAAAUUUACCUAUUCCUUCAGAAGAAAAUAAAUUAAAAGAUGACUACAUUGUGGAUGUACAAAAUACGGAAUCAAAAAAGUUAGGUUCACCUGUGGUUGAGACACUCCCUGCAGUUGAUUUACAUGAAGAUUCUUCCAAUGUAGGUGUAGGCAGUGAAAACGGAGAAAAUAUUUCCAGCUCAACUACCUCAGAAAUCACUCCAGUCUCAAAGCUUGACGACAUAGACAAGUCUGGUACUAUUCCUAUAGCCAAGUCAAGUGAAACUGAGCAAUCUGAAACUGACUGUGAUGUUGGUGAGACCCUUGAUGCAAAUGCUCCAAUUGAACAACCUUCCUUUGUCAGUCCACCUGAAAGCCUUGUUGGCCAGCAUAUAGAAAAUGUGUCAACUUCGCAUGGCAAAGGAAAGAUAACAAAAUCAGAAUUUGAGUCAAAUGUUUCAGCAAGUGAACAGGGUGGUGGUGAUCCACAGUCUGCAUUGAAUGCUUCAGAUAAUUUAAAAAAUGAGAGUUCUGAUUAUACAAAACCAGGAGAAAUUGACCCUACUUCUGUAGCAAGUCCCAAAGAUCCAGAAGAUAUACCAACAUUUGAUGAAUGGAAGAAGAAAGUUAUGGAAGUAGAAAAAGAAAAAAGUCAGUCAAUGCAUCCAUCUUCUAAUGGAGGUCCACAUGCCACCAAAAAGGUCCAGAAAAAUCGAAAUAAUUAUGCCUCAGUAGAAUGUGGUGCCAAAAUUUUGGCUGCUAAUCCAGAAGCCAAGAGCACAUCUGCCAUUCUUAUAGAAAACAUGGAUCUUUAUAUGUUGAAUCCUUGCAGCACUAAAAUUUGGUUUGUUAUUGAACUUUGUGAACCAAUUCAAGUAAAACAGUUUGAUAUUGCAAAUUAUGAGUUAUUUUCUUCUACUCCGAAAGACUUUCUGGUUUCUAUCAGUGACAGAUACCCCACAAAUAAAUGGAUUAAGCUGGGUACUUUCCAUGGUAGAGAUGAGCGGAAUGUCCAGAGUUUCCCUUUAGAUGAACAGAUGUAUGCAAAAUAUGUAAAGAUGUUCAUCAAGUACAUAAAGGUGGAGUUGGUGUCACAUUUUGGAUCAGAGCACUUUUGUCCAUUGAGCCUUAUAAGGGUAUUUGGCACUAGCAUGGUGGAAGAGUAUGAAGAAAUUGCUGAUUCGCAGUAUCAGUUAGAACGUCAAGAACUAUUUGAUGAGGACUAUGAUUAUCCACUGGAUUAUAAUACUGGGGAGGAUAAAUCCUCAAAAAAUCUUCUUGGUUCUGCAACAA